UCAGGGGACUUGUUCCAUUGCAUGGGCACCAGCUAUAUUCCAUCGACUCAAUGAGCCGGCUCAACACUCUCCAACAGGCGUACUCAACAGCCCCAGCGCUUCGAUCAUUGUCCAACAGAACUUUUUUCCACAAGCAUGACUCACCCCGGCGAGUGAGACGUGGAUCGGAUCCGAUCGGAGUUCUCUGGUUCCGCCGUUUCGCCAAUGGUGUCGGGAUUAGGUUUAGAUUAGGCCACAUGGUUUACGUCGCUGAGCCGCAGCACCACCUGCUGCUGAUUCACUUGUGUGGUCGCAGCGGCGUCGGAUUACACGUCUCUGAGCACCAGCGAAGUUCAAGCGCAACUUCUAAGCAUCGUUCCCUCCUCGACAGUCCAGUUGUUACGACAGUCACUCUCACGUUUAGGUCGAUUAAUCAACAUACGCCUCCACCAUGUUCGUCUGACGACGAGCAACACAACCAAACCUUCGAGGCUGCCGGGGCUGGUGCCUCGCUCACCUACCCCAUGCAAUGUUCCGCCUUACGCAAGAACGGACACGUUGUCAUCAAGGGCAGACCCUGCAAAAUCGUCGACAUGUCCACCUCCAAGACCGGUAAACACGGUCACGCCAAAGUGCAUUUGGUCGGCAUAGAUAUCUUCACCACCCGUAAAUACGAAGAUAUCUCUCCAUCCACCCACAACAUGGAUGUGCCCAACGUCAGCCGAACCGAAUACCAGCUCGUCAACAUCGAAGACGGCUUCCUCAACCUCAUCACCACCGAUGGAGUUGCCAAGGAUGACGUCAAGGUCCCCGAGGGUGAUCUCGGUGACGACAUCCAAGCUCAAUUCGACGCUGGCAAAGAUCUUUACUGCACCAUCACUGCUGCCAUGGGUGAAGAAAUGUGCCUUGCGUUCAAAGAAGCCCCUAAGUCAUAG